AUGUACGAGCAGUACAUUACGCAGAGAAAUAAACACUUCCAAUUUUCUUCUGACAAGUUAAACGAUUUGGUGAAAAACGAAAAAACAAUAAAAAUAAGUCCGCAAAAAGGGUUUGUAAUAAAAACAUAUGAAAAGGAUGGUGGAAAAGUUUACUUUAACAUUUGCUCUUCCAAUUUAAUUGCUGAGUUUCAUUUUAAAAAAAUACCUGACUUAAAUGACCAAGAGGGGUUGAGAAUUCCUUUAAGUAUAGGCGAAGAAAAAGUCAAAGAAGAUAAAAAGGGGAAUAAAUACAAAACGUACGAUAUCGUUCUUAAUACAAAAGUUGUGGUACAAAGCAAUAACCCAGAUGACCAGUGCAUAAAAGACGACCAACAACAUAAAUUUAACUUUGUGGAGGAAAAUGAAGGAGACAACAAAGGAAAUAAAAUUUCCAGCAAGGGGAGUAAUAAUAACAACAAUUCUUACAAUGGAUGGGACAACUGCAACGACAAUGGUGAUAUUUCCAAAGGGGGAAAGGACAUAGAUAACUACUUAACAGUUAAAAAGCCUGAAUGGGACAUGUGGUUUGUGAAUAAAAAAGUGCUAGAAGAUAAACACAAAACAAUGGAAAAAUUUUAUCUACCUUAUGUGCGUAUGUUUCCACUGGAUGAUGCAAUUGACGCUUUCGAUUUUAAACCUCCAUUUUUAAACUCUAAUGAAAAAAAAAAUAAAGUAAAAGAUAGAGACAAUGCAAAAGAGAAAGGGGAGAGAAAAAAACAAGUUUUUAAAUCCUUUUUAAAUGAUUAUAAUAUCGAACUAGAUGAUGAGUUUUUAUCUUAUGAACAAGUCCUAAAUACCAUAUGUGUAAUUCAAGUUCAACUCCCUUUUUUCAUCCUUGCUGAACGUAGCAAAACAAAUCCUGAUGAUGUGUUUGCACUCCAUCAGUUUGUAAACCUUUAUAUAAGUGACGAUCAUUUAAGUAUUUUUUUCAAAAAGUCUCCCUUUUUCCCGUUAGGAUAUAACCCCCCUUACAAAAAUUUUAACAUUCGCUUCCCAUUUUAUUUCGAAUCCGCAAAUGCUCUGUCACAAUACCUAGAAAAGUACCAUCUUUUAAAUAUUAUAAUACCUGUUAGUAAAAAUUCUGCUGCUUCUGUAAUUUUUAAAGAAAUAACUCAAAACGCAUACAAUGAUGUAUCCCCAGAUAAUACGGAAACGAGUGAUAGCUCUAUAUUUUAA